GUUAAUAAUAAUAGACUGCAUGGUUUGCAGAGCGAUAUCAGCCUAGACAGUGCGAUCUCCGAGAAGUCGGCUGAUCGACUUCUUUCUUGCCGCAAAUCAUUGAAGAAGGCUUCAAUGGACGUCACGCAGGAGUGGGAAGCCAGAUCGUCGACAGAUCAAAUAACUGGAAAUGAAAGCUCUUCGCGCGACCCCUCCUUUGCCAGGCAGCGUUCUUUGCAGAUAUCUGAAAGUAGUCUAUUCGGCCUUUGUACUGCAGUAGUAUGCCUCGUGUAUCAGAUCUUCACAACUCGCCGGUUUCUCAUCCGAUAAUGACCUCGUGAUUACCGCAAUUGUCUCACCGUCUCACAAUAAUGGCUUGCGUCCUCGAGGUUUAGGUGCAAUGAGGUUGCCGACGGUAAACGGCGUGCUUUGGAGUCGCCGCAGUGGGAUAUAAUAUGGAACAAAGGUCUCUACGACGUGAACGUAUCGGCCAGCACCUCCAGCUUCCAAGCUAUGACUUCGAACAACAAUAUGGACAUGGAUGACCAGAUCGCAUACCUCCUUGGAGCUAUGUCCCUAGAUGGACGGGCCCUUUCUGGCGGCAACUUUGGAAACGAAAAAUCACUCCAAACAUACAAGGCGCACGACGCCGUCAUGUCCGACGGCUCCGACUCGGAGGACUCGACUUACAGUCCAAGCCCAUCGGUAUCCUCAAAAGCAAACGCAGACGUCGAGGCUUCAUCCCAGACCUAUCCGCCCUCCCCUUAUCCACCUUUUCAAGCACCCAGCGCUUGCAGCCUUCUGCAAUAUACCCAACGACAACUUCAAACCGGUCGCUUCUCCACCACCGGAGGCGAUUACCUAGAAACCAUCUUCACUCAUCGCGAGGCGUUUUACGCAUACCCUCAGGGACAUCAGGGGUGCGCCAUAGGGUUCAGUGACUUGGCUAGUUUGCUUGAGGCUAGAGAGUGGAGAGCCGAUAGGGACUCUGAUUCAGAGGCUGCAGCUGCUUUCAAGCACGAAGCAGUUAUGAUUGCUCACUCGUAAGGGCGAGGGCGAUCAUGUGCAGUCGACAUAAUUUAUAGUCACGGUUCAUAGCUCUGGGUUCAUGUAUACCAUAUAUUCUCGGCAGACAUUAGUUCAUCGUUU